UUCUGCGGGUGGGAGGAGAACUAGAGACCCGAGCCCACUGGUGACGUUUCCCAUACGUGAUCAGGAGCCGACGUAUGCAGAAGUCCCGCUCCUCCAGGUAUCAGCUCCCUGUUUCCGUGGAGGAAGAUAGAUUUCAGACUGAGGGACCGAGGGGGCAACUGCCCUAUAGCCCUGCAGGUCUUCGUGCUUGUAGGUAACAACCCACACAAGGAAAAGGAAGACCUACAGUAUCGGUGCAGGACAGGCAAGGGAGGACAAAUCUCAACAUGGAAAAGGUCCAUAAAGAAAAUGAAGGAAAGCCAGAAAAUGAAGGAAACCUGGAAAAUGAGGGCAAGUCAGAGGAUGCAGUAGAUACAGAAGAUAAAGGAAAUUCAGAUGAAGAAAAGCCAGAAGUAAAGCAGAAGACAGGGCACAAGGGAAAGCUACAAGAUGAGGGGUCACCAGAUGGUGAAGGGAAGCAAGAAAAGCAGGGCAAGUCUGAAGAUGAGGGAAAACCAUACGGUGAGGGCAAGCCUGAAUCCCAGGCAAAGCGAGAAAGCCAUCUGAGGGCUGCCGAAAAGCGCCCGGCUGAAGAUUAUGUGCCCCGGAAAGCAAAAAGAAAAACGGACCGGGGGACGGAUGAGUCCCCCAAGGACCGUCAGGAGGACUUACAGGAAAGGCAUCUGGGCAGUGAGGAGAUGAUGAGAGAAUGUGGAGAUAUGUCACGGGCUCAGGAGGAGCUAAGGAAAAAACAGAAAAUGGGUGGUUUUAAUUGGAUGCAAAGAGAUGUACAGGAUCCCUUCACCCCAAGGGGGCAACGGGGUGUCAGGGGAAUGAGGGGCGGAGGUAGGGGCCAGAAGGAAGACCUUCCAUAUGUUUAGUGCCUUUGGCCUUCAAUUUUAAUUCCUCUGAUGAGAAUAUUGCUGACCCUGCUUUCCCUGGCAGGCAUUUGCCAGACUAUGUGCUUUAACCUUAAGCUGAUACUAUGCUUUAGGUGUCACUCUUGUUACCAGCAGCCUUUUGACCCAACUACAGUGCUCUCUGUGUUUCAGUAGGGGAUUUUCACCCAUGUGUAUGGAAGAGAUGUUCAUGGUACACUGUAAAAUAAUAAUAAAAAAAACCCAGUUUUCAGAACCA